AUGAAGGAAUAUCUCAUAAACUGCACAGUACAAAGAGAAUUUCACCUCCUGGCUUUCUCCAUCUCUGCAGGCCUUCAGCUUCUACUCUUCAUUGGGAUCCUGGUAAUGUAUUUACUGACAUUGCUGGGGAACCUGCUUAUCACUGGUCUUAUAUGUCUGACUCCGCAGCUCCACACUCCUAUGUACUAUUUCCUGUGUAACCUCUCAGUGCAGGACAUCAUCUACGUCUCCAGCAUCAUUCCCAAAUUCCUCUCUAUCCUGGUAACGGGUGACACCAGAAUUGCCUUCCAAGGAUGCAUCACACAGAUGUUCUUCUUUACAUUUUGUAUUGUGGCAGAGUUUUUACUCCUAACGUCUAUGGCCUAUGACCGCUAUGUCGCCAUCUGUAUCCCUCUGCGCUAUACAAUCAUUAUGAGCAGUAAUGUGUGUAUUACUCUUAUCUCUGUCUCCUCGCUAGUCUGCUUUUUUAAUUCAGUAAUCUAUGCUGUGCUGAUUUCUAAAGCAUCAUUCUGCAACUCCCAAGCAAUCAGUCAUUUUUACUGUGAUCUGAAAACCAUGAUAGGGUAUUCUAGUGGCGAUGUUACAGGUAUUAAGAUGUUGCUGUCUUUGGAAAAUAUAUUUUUAGGACUUACGCCCUUUGUGUUGAUAUUAGUCUCUUAUACAUGUAUAAUUGUUACUAUUAUAAAGAUCCGUAGCUCAGCGGGUAGAGUAAAGGCUUUCUCCAGCUGUUCGUCCCAUCUCACUGUUGUAUUAUUAUUCUAUGGGACAUCACUUAUUUCCUACAUUGUCCCGGACUCGCAGGAGUCUCAGGAACGAGACAAAUAUUUCUCCUUGCUAUACACGGCGGUGGCCCCGAUGCUAAAUCCUCUAGUUUAUACCCUGAGAAACAAAGAGGUUUUAAAAUCCAUGGAAAAUAUUUUUCAAAAAUAUUUGAAACGCUAA